UGUUAACUCGAAAAUAUGUCAUAAUGUUAAAAAUGAAGUGAAAAGUUUUAAGCUCAAUUAAUCGAAUUAUUUGUUUAUUUCGUUGCGUAUCCACGACGGGCUCCACUUACUACACGCUCGGUUCAAGUGAUUCUGAAAAGUGAUGAAAUAUGCUACAGCCAUAUUAGCCGGCACAGGGAGGCCGAUGGAAUAUGUAACAAAGUGAAUAACCCCCGCCCAAAAAAAAAAAAUAAAAUAAAAUCAAAAGAAAGAAAAUCAGCCAACUAGCCGCAGCCGGAGUCGCUCCGUUGUCAUUUGUUGUUUAUUUGUUUGUCGUUGUCAAUUCGCAUUCGCUAUUGCUGACGUCACAACAUGGUCUCGCUGAUAAAAAACCAAUUGCUCAAACAUCUCUCCAUCUACACCAAGAAUUUAUCAUCGGAUAAAAUCAAUUUAAGCACAUUUCGCGGUGAGGGUGAACUCUCCAAUCUUGAGCUAGAUGAACGUGUUCUUACCGAGCUACUGGAGUUACCUAGUUGGUUGCGUUUGACAUCGGCCUGGUGCAAUCAUGUAUCCUUUCGCAUUAGCUGGACUAAACUCAAGAGCGUCCCGAUAACUUUGACUUUGGAUGAAGUACGCAUAACUAUAGAAACCUGCCAACCAAACACAAGAGAUGCCGGCGGAGGAGGAGCCGGAGGAGGCGGCAACGGCUCCCCUCCGACCGCCGCCUUGCCACAAGUGCCUCAGGGUAAAUACAGCUUCAUCCACAAAGUGGUCGAUGGCAUCACCAUAGUUGUCAACACGGUGAAUGUUAACUUUGUGAGUGCCGCCUUUACCGCUUCCGUGCAAAUGUCACGAAUUCGUGUAGAAUCAAAGACACCAAAGUGGGCGAAUGCAGAUCUACGUUUAACGCGGCUUAAGGAUCCCCAGAAGGGCAUUAUAUUAAUAUUUAAGGAACUAUCCUGGCAAACAGUACGCAUUGAGGCCAGCUCAACGCAAGACACCUCAUUAACGCCAUUGCGUUUGCUAACAAAUCAUGCAAGAUGCAGAAUUACGAUAAGGAAACGUUUAUCGGAUUGCACUCUACUUGCCUCCAGAUUGGUUUUGAUUUUAGAUGAUUUAUUGUGGGUUCUCACUGAUUCCCAGUUGAAGGCAGCUUUACAUUUUGUGGAUUCGCUCUCUGGCCUAAUAAAAGCAGCCACCCAUGCCACCCAAAAGUCCAAGGCAGCACGAAAGAUGCAGACCCUACCCGAAUACAAGGCUCAGGUGGCUCAGCAACAAAAUCGCAUGUCCGAAUCGUCUUCCGCGCAUGCCAACACAACGCAACGAAUGUUCAAUGCGUUCGAUGUAAGGGAAACUUCGUAUCAUUUCUUUAGCCAGCGAAUUGAUUUGCAUUUGUGUGAUGAUGAGGGCGAUGGACGUUCCAGUUAUCCCGACUUGGACAAAGGUGGCGCUUUGCAGGUGUCCGUAACAGCUUUUCAGGUUGAUUAUUAUCCCUAUCAUUUGGCCAAAUCGGAUCGCUCACAUUGGGCAAAAUACAAGGAGGCCUCGGUGGCUCCAGCUCUGUGGUUAAAAGAAUCCCUAAAUGCCUUUCGCGAGGCGGUGCUCAAUUUAAGUCAGCCCAAUCGGUCAGCCAUGAUGCAUGCCCCCUUGGAGAGGAGUGCUCCAGCCUCUCCUAUUAUGCUUAGCGCCAGUAUGCUGAGUUCUCAGCAUCCUGCCACUGGAGCAGGGAGCAGUGGCAGCAGCACCCCAACAGCCGCAGCAGCUGCAGCAGCAAGUUCGACAGGAUCAGCUGGUUCGGCUGGCUCUACGUCGACCCACAGUCAAGUCCAACAACAGCGUAGCACAUUGGAUAAUCUGGCCAAAUUGAUGAGUUCAUGUGUGAUAUUGCGUAUUGAAGAUUUCACUUUAUAUAGGGUGACCACUUCGGGUAAAAAGCAAAUGCCCAAGGAGUUUGUAUCGGCACAACAUAAAAGGAAAAGCAAAUCCUCAGGUGACAAGGAUCGUUAUUCGUUUCCCGCCGAAAUGCCCAUUGUUCAUGCCGAGUACACGUAUUUUUAUUAUCCUGGUGAUUUCGUGUUUCCAUUGCCGCCUUCCAAGAUAUUUGUUCACGUGAAUCCUUUACAAGUUCACUUUGAUCUCAGCUCCAUACUGUGGCUUAAUUCGUUCGGCCUGAGUCUACGCGAGAGUCUGCAGCGCAGUCAAACCCAGCCGGAACAGCAGCAGCAACAGCAGCACUUGCCGGGGCCUUAUAACACACGCGGCUCCAUUGCCUCCAAUGGCUCCAAUGGCACACAGCUGAUGGUGGAUCUGGAAGAGCCCAGUCUGAUGUACAUGGAUGUCAAAGUGGAGGCGAUAAUGCCGCGUGUGGUGUUGGAAGCUGCUGUGGAUGCACCCAAUCAAAAGGAUCGACCCAAGACAAUGCAAAUACAGAUCUCUCGCUUUGCAUUGACCAACAUUCGGGAAAUGGGCAGCUCUCGAGCGGAUUUGGCUCAAGCUUUGCAUUCGCUGCAAGAAGGCUCACUGGUCUUUGGCUCUGAGUUUCCCUCCAAUGAGGGCGACAUGUGCAUUGUAACCGACCGCAUUUUGUCACAUGUGGCUGCUUCCGAUGUGAACAUGAUGUCGCCCAUGUCGCCAUUGGCCGAUAUGCAGCAGACAUUGCCUCGGUCGGCCUCAACGCAGUAUUUGAGUCGCUACGCCAUGUGGUCCGAGCCAAGAGAUGUCUGGUGCAUUAAAUUGGAUCCCAUUUGGGUGGAUUUUCUAGGCGCCCGCUCGCUGGGGCCAAACAAAUCCAUACCGUUUGUGGAUGCAGUGCCCAUAACCCUAUGGCUACAUAAGGGCUCAGGCCAGGCUCAGGUGGAUGUGAAAAAGGUCAGCCAUGACAAGGCCAGCAUGGAAAGUAUGGGCUUGCCCCCGCUACCCACAUUACCGCCCUUGCCGCGCAAUCCGUUCCUUAAUUCCGAUGAAGAUGUACGUCCACCUAAUGAAGCAGCAGCUGCAGCUGCAGCCGCCGAUGCCGUAUCUCCGCCCACCGAUCGCACAGCCGAUGUCCAUGCCAUAGCCCAUAUAUCCAAUUUGGUUAGUCUACAAAUCGAUCACUAUCAAUUGUUGUUUCUACUGCGACUGGCCGAGGAGCUUAAUGAAAUGUCCACAUUCCUUAAUUUAGAUGCCGAACGCAUAUUGCAAAAGCAAAAUGAACAGAAAUCCAUAAUAUUUGGUUGCGUUGUGCCACAAAUCGAAUUGACGCUUGUGAUGCCAUCGCCAACACCUGGUAAGGAAUCAAGUGGUGGUGAUGCUGAAAGUGUCGUACCCGAUUCAGCUAGUUUGGGUGAUGAUUUACACAUGAAUAGUGGCAACAUAACUUGGCCAACACCACCGCCAUUAGAGCAAUUGAAGAGCAAUACAUUUGGCAGUGUGGAGACUCCAUCGCCGGUAACCCAAGAUGCGCCGCCUAACUUUGAUAGCGGCAUACACAUGUCCAAUCCGAAUACGCAUGGCUAUAAUGUCCAAAUACAAAGUACACCAACAAUGGCUUCCUCGACGCCAAGUCAGUCGGGCUCCCGGCCCGAUACAGGCAUCUCGACACAGUCCCAAACGCAAUCCAUUUCAUCGGUCUCGAGGAGCGGCAAAAGUUCAGCUGGGGCCGUCGGUCGUGGCGGCACAGGAGCUGCCAGUACGGGUGGCGACACAGUUCCCAGUCUUACCAAAGAGAUCAACUCCGGACUAAUGUCCAUGAAAAAGGGCUUCUCCAGCUUUAUGACUUCCAUUGACUCGGCCAUCAAAUCCGGUACCCCCAAUGAUGAUGCCAGCGACACGUUCUCCAUGCAAAGCGACAUUAGCUCGGAUUCCGAGAACUAUGCCAUAGUUAUGGGCGAUGACAAGACUAUGGACUGCAUGGAUGUAAUGUUCCGGCUGAAUCCCUUUACCAAUGACAACAACAUGAAGGCUUCCCCCGUCGAAGUGGCCAGCGAAGUGUACGAGGAGCCGAGCAGCUAUAAAACGAAUAUGUCCUCACCAUCAGAGCCAUCGGAGGGCAGCACUUGGCGCCGUCGUGAUUUGGUUUCCAUGGCCACCUUUAGAUUGACCACGGUGGAACUAAUACGCCAACAAGAAGGACCCAAGUCCUCGGUGCGGCUACAAGUGGCCGCUGUAUCCUGUGACGAAUGUGGCGCCAUACCCUGGGAUGAGCUGCAGAUCGCACAUCAAGCGAACAAGACCAAAUUUGGUGCCCGCUGCAAGGCCUGGAACUUGGCUCCGUAUAAUCCAGAAGCUCCGCCUUGCAUACGUUUACGUUUAGAGGAAACUUUAAAUAUGCCCAAGAACAUUGAAGGUGUGAUAGAUCGGAAGCGUAUCCAGAGUUGGUUCAAUCAUCAUGCUGAAAUACGUGUAAAGGACAUCAAUUUGGAUCUCUCAAUGAGCACAGUGAUUGGUCUAGGCGAUUUGGCCGAAGACGAAAUUAUUUCACCACCACUGCCGGUCACGAUUAAUCUAGAAAAUGUUCGCAUUAAUCUGCUCGAAGAUCGGCCGCCUGUUAACAUUACCUCACCGGGACCAGUACCCAUUAAUUUAUGUAUAGGUCGCAUGCAUUUGAAGCGUGAUAAGAAUGGCGUCUUGAAUAUACAGCCUAUAGAUACAAAUCUAAGUGCGCUGCAACAUCAGGCCCUGGGUCAUGCUCUGUUUGGUCCAUCGUCUGCAACAGUUGCUCCACGUGAACGAGAUCGGGAACUGUUGUCGAUGCAAUUGGUCAUGCAGCAAAUGAAACUAGACAAUGAUCAAUUGCGUAAGCAACUCGUGGACUCCAAAGUGAAUACCGAUAACUAUAGGCAAAAAACGAAACAGGAAGCAGACAUUUUACGAUCAUACUUAAAGGCUGCCCAGGAUGAUAUAAGCAUAUUGCUGGAAGAGAAGAAAGCCUUGUUGGAUACCAUACGUUCCUUGCAGAUCCAGAUGACCUCAUCCAAUAUGAGUAGCCGCAAGAAUGAUGGAAAUAGGUAGCAUAACUGCAUGGACUGCAUACAAUGCUGUGGCGAAAAUAAUAAUGCCUAAUCACAGACACAUCGUAUGCCUAUAGUCAGUCCAAAAUUAUAUACCAACAAUAUUGAAGCAAGCGCCCAGGCAGUACCAGUAUCUAUUGGAUCUAUUAGACGUCCCUCAGAAGAAGAAAGAAAAAAAAUUUAUAAAAAAUAUAUAUAUGCCAUUUCAUGUUGAGUUUUAGCAGAAGACUGAGACAAUUUUCACGUUGCCGUUCGUCCUUACUUACAUUUUUACUAUAUAAACUUAAACAAAUUGUUUUUAAACUCGCUUUUGCUAUUUAUCCAAAGAGUGCGGUUCUUUUUUAUUAUUAUUAUUAUUUAAUUUUAAAGUUUUUAGUAUCUAGCAAAACACACAUUGUUAAACGAUAAUCAAAAUAUUUUAAACUAUGUACAGUCUUGUCAUUGAUAUUUUUUUUAAAUCUAUGCAAACUCAAGUGUAUAUUACUCCUUCAAUAACCAUAUAUAUAUAUAUAUAUAGAUAUUGGUUAACCAUGAAAUAUGAUGUUGUGAUUUUAUGAUCGAUCAUAUCAAAAACUAAACAAAAACUAAAAAUUCUAAUUAUUAUAUACAUAAAAAUGCAUAAAUUUUGUAAAACAGAAAUUGGCCAAACUUUACUAAUACUAAAAACCUAUAACCGAAAGUUAUUAAUGUUCAUUGCAUUCCAAUCAAAUCAAAUUUUAUUUGCUAUACAAAAUAUAUACACAUAUAGUAUAUCUAUUGUACGAUUCAUCUAUGUAUGUGUAUUUGCUAAACAAAAUAUUGUAAUUCUAACAUCCACCAACAAUGUUAUAGGUACAUAGUUACAUAAAUUAAUACGAAUAUAUACAUCCAUAUAUAUAUA